CAUAACCCCAACACCCCACACCCCACCACCCCACAGCCCCAUAACAAAACCCCACAACCUCUCUCUUUCCCCCCACAGCCCUACAAGCUGCUGCCUCUCCUCCUCCUCCUCCUCCUCGCCGACCCCACAUCAACCGACCCCAUAUCAACCGACCCCAUAUCGGCCGACCCCAUAUCGGCCCACGCGGAUUUUGCCUACAGCGCCCCCAACCGGCCGACGGUGCGCAUUGCAUCGGGUUCCAUCCGGGGCCUUUUGCUCCCUGCCGGCUCUUCCACGGCCGCCGCCUUUUUGGGAAUCCCGUUCGCCGUCCCCCCUUUGGGAUCUCUCCGCUUCCGCCCCCCGAUCCCGAUCCCGAAGCCCUGGCCCGGUAUCCGUGACGCAGAUUCUCAGCCAUUCGCUUGUUACCAAAUCGUAGACACCACGUUUCCGGGUUUUCCCGACUCCGAAAUGUGGAACCCUAAUAGGGAAAUGAGCGAGGAUUGCCUGUAUCUCAACGUCUGGACCCCGAAAAGGCGACCCUACAAAGCCCCCGUGAUGGUUUGGAUUUACGGGGGGGGGUUUUACAGCGGUUCCGUUUCUCUGGAUGUUUACGACGGGCGAUUCCUGGCCGUGGCCGAGGGCGCCGUGGUGAUUUCCAUGAAUUACCGCGUGGGAUCUUUAGGAUUUUUAGCCCUGCCGGGUCAGCGGGACGCACCUGGGAACGUGGGUUUGUGGGACCAGCGCUUGGCUUUGCAGUGGAUAAAGGAAAACGCCGAGGCUUUCGGGGGAGAUCCGAAUCUGGUGACCCUGUUUGGCGAAAGCGCCGGCGCCGCUUCUGUGGGAUUUCAUCUCUUGUCGCCCCACAGCCAGGGGUUGUUUAAUAGGGCCGUCCUACAGAGCGGUUCCCCUAACGGACCUUGGGCCAGCAUCGGGGCGGCCGAAGGGAGAAGGAGGGCGAUGCUUUUAGGGCGGGUGGUGGGGUGCCCCUAUGGGAACGAGACGGAAUUAUUGGGGUGCCUACGGGGGAAGGAACCCGGGGAGCUUUUGGAGGGGGAAGGGAUGGUGAUGCCACCCCAAAGCGUUUUUAGGUUCGCUUUCGUUCCCGUCGUGGAUGGGGAGUUUUUGGUUGACAGCCCCGAUGUUGUUUUAGGGGGUUACGGGGCGGGUUAUGGG